AUGGUGAACGUUCCUAAAACCCGCCGAACUUUCUGUAAAAAGUGUGGCAAGCUUCAACUCCACAAAGCAACACAGGACAAGAAGGACAAGGAUCCUGUGUGUGUGCAGGGAAAGCGGCAUUAUGACAGGCAGCAGAGUGGCUAUGGCGGCAGACUAAGCCGAUUUUCCGAAACUACAAAGAAGACGGUGCUGAGGCUUAAAUGCUUUGAGCCCAACUGCGGACCUAAGAGAAUGCUGGCUAUUAAGAGAUGCAAGCGUUUUGAACUGGGAGGAGAUAAGAAGAGAAAGGGUCAAGUGACCCAGUUCUAAGCUUCAUGUUUUGUUUUAUUAUAUGACAAU